AGCUGGAAAAAGAAGAAAGAUGGGAUUCAUAGGUAAAGUGGUGGAUGUGAUUCUGUUGCUAACAUUCUUGUCCAUGUCGCUGGUUCCACCGUUGUUGGACGCCCAAGCUCUUUUGCCGGAGUCUGUCGUGCCGGACGUCCUAGUUCGUCUGUACAAAUGGUACACGGUGGAGCACCAAGAUUAUUUGCUGCUGGAGCAGCCUGCUUUUUUCAUGGCACUCAUGAAGCUCGAGCUUGUUUUCACUUGGCCGCUCGCUGUCAUCAACCUUUAUGGGUUGUUGAACUCCAAGCCUUGGUUCAAGUCCACCUGCCUCAUCUUCGGUUCCGCUCUUCUUACCUCCACGACGGCUAUGGUGGGAGACAUGCUUGGAUCCCAGAAGCCUAUGGCCGAUAAACUAGCCAUGAUGUACUCGCCUUUCAUCGCACUCGGGUUCCUCGCCGUGUUGCGAGGGCUGCUUUUGCCGUCGACCAAGGCCUCCUUUGCCAACGGACUGACGUCGGCUUUGAAAAAGAGAGUUUGAUUGGGUGAAACAAUAGCGUGGGAGCUGGGAUUUUACUCUGUUUAUGUCUAUGUAGACAAGGCAAGCUCAAUAAGGAUUGAAAUUUCCAAGUACAAAAU